CCAUUCAAAGUAUACAUUGUUUACAUACAUGCUGUUGCUUGUGCUGUGUCGGUGAGAGACUGCCAGUUGAAUAACAAUAAACAUAUAGAUUCACGUGGGAAAGUACAUCCAUCUGAAGACAUUGCGCCAUGUAUUGAUUGAGUCUGCCGGAUCUGUACUGUUCAUCAUGACUGAGCAUUCGGUUUGUCUGUGGGUGAAGGCAGAACCUUUCAGCUAUGGAGCAUUGUGAGGACAAGGAUAAUAAGUCGGAUCAGGUGACAAAGCGCGGGAAAAUAGCAACCAAUGCUCAUGCAGUUCCCAAGGGCCAUGUCAAAGGGAGCAAAAUAAUCAUAAUGAGCCAAGUCAGCAAGCAGACGAUAUCACGAAGUUCUGGAACACUGGAGAAUAGCAGCGUGAAGAUACACAGAUGUCACUACUCGUACCUGUACCUACUGUCUCCCCUCAGGUCGGUGACCAUUGAGAAAUGUCGUAACUCUACCAUUAUUCUGGGCCCGGUAGAGACAACAGUUUACCUGAGUCACUGUGAGAAGGUUACUCUGAUUGCUCCGUGUCGCUUCCUGAUGAUAAGUGGAAGUACGCUGUGCAACUUGCACUUGAUGACCCCUAGUCGGCCGAUGUUACUUGGCGGUAAUGACACUAUUCUUCUGGCCCCCUAUCAUACACACUACCCCAGUCUACAGGACCAUCUCACAACGGCGGGGCUGUCUGGUGACAGGAACCUGUGGAACCAGCCCCUGUGUGUCGGUCCAGAGCACAAAGAUGAAACACCGGUGUGGGAACUGUUACCUGUCCAAGAAUUCUUCACCUUCAACAUUCCAUUCCAUAUGGAGGGCAGCACCACGGAAAUCCCCGGUGGACUGCCUACAAAAUACCAGAAGGCAGUCACUCAGCGUCAGAAAAUGAUUGACAGCUGGCAGAAAACCGUGAAGGAGGCAGGACUAAGCCGUGAACAACGCAAGGAAUUCCAAGCUUUGGUAGAAACAAGAUUCCACGUGUGGUUGGCUGAAACUGGAUACAAACGUGAACUGGAUAGUCUUGUAGCUCCACAGCAGUCGGUGACGAAGAAAUGAUGAAAGUCUUGUGGCUCUGCUUUAGUCAGCAAGUGUCAGCAAGAGAAGCAGGUUGAACUGCAGCAUCAUAGAGUAAACAAACAGACAGAGUAGUGAAAAAACAAACGGUGGAGUAAACAAACAGACAGUAGUGAAAAAACAAACGGUGGAGUAAACAAACAGACAGUAGUGAAAAAACAAACGGUGGAGUAAACAAACAGACAGUAGUGAAAAAACAAACGGUGGAGUAAACAAACAGACAGAGUAGUGAAAAAACAAACGGUGGAGUAAACAAACUGACAGAGUAGUAAAUAAAAAACAAACAAUGAGUAAACAAAGCUAUGGAGAACUCCAAUGUGUCAGACUGACCAGAAAGUUAAUUGGCAGAUCGUAAAAAACACAAUUAGACAUCACAGGUCAUCUAUGUAUACCUGUCUAUAGAGACCACCCAUCUUAGUGUACCUGUCUAUAGAGACCACCCGUCUUAGUGUACCUGUCUAUAGAGACCAUGACAGAAACUGUGUAAUACCAGACGUCUGUGUCACCACUAGUCUUAGUGUACCUGUCUAUAGAGACCAUGACAGUCUGUCACCAUCUGUCCUUACGUAACUGUCACUUUGGUGGUCCCUAUAGACAGGUUAACUGUAGUCUGUCACCCCUUCUGUACCUAACGGUCACUUUGGUGGUCCCUAUAGACAGGUUUUCAGUAACUGUAGUUUUCUGAUAUUUUGAGGUACCUUACAUGAAGUAAAAAUCAUUCUUAUUUUAAUACAUUAUGUAUUUCAAAUAGUGUAUUUGUACAAUUCAUUUUUGUGAAAGGAAGUUUAAGUUAUAUAUAAAAUCCAAUGUUAAUCCGUCCUAUUGUUGUAGAUGCUAUGUGAGUAUGAAGUGAGUAGAGUCGUCUCUAUAUCCUGGCUCUUUAGUGGCAGAGUAAACUUGUGGUAACGAGUGUGAUAUCAGUGAAAAUGUAUUCUCCUACUGACUAUAUUAUGUUUGAUCAUUAAAUGAAAUCACAUUUUCAUUCUUUUUA